CUCUGUCUCGUUCUAUUCUGUCCUCUUUUGUCUUUGUGCAUGGAGUGACCUUCUCCCUCUCGCUCUCUUCCACUUCCUCCUCCUCCUCCUCCUCCUCCCUCUCUGCAGAUGUGGACGACAAGCCUGCAGGUUCAAACAUCACAGGACGUUGACAGGACAACUCGGUGGACGACUUUGCGGUGCAUUGAGGUGUACCUAAUGAAGUGUCCCGCCAGUGCACGGUCGUCUCGUUAAAAGGACGAAAGUGUGCACGCCCCGCCGCCUGACAGCGAAGGGAAAAGCAGGGAACCGGUCCCGGUCGCUUCUUGUCAUCUGGGCUUGUGUGCAGACCGGUUUGUACCAGGCAGACAAAUGGAAGCCUUCUCUGUGGAUACAGACGAGGGCGCCGAGGACACUUCGGGAGUCUCCUCUUGCUGUGUUUCAUAACAUGCAGCAUGUGACGCCCAACUCCAGAGACACAACUAUUUGUGUACAAAUGAACCGCGAAACUCCAGAAUGACGGCGCUCAGGUCUCGUCUGUUUGCGAGAAGCAAGCGAGCCGGCGGGGAUUCCAGCGCCAAGUUCAGCCAGUCAGCCAGCGACAUCCAUGCGGGGAAGGCGUCGGGAUCUGAUGAAGAUUUGCCAUGCCCCCAGGGAAUGAUGGGCUCUCGAGCGCUCUCCCACGACAGCAUCUUCUGGGCCGACCGGGUGCGGACAGACGACGCCGACGGCGAGCCGGUCAGGGUGUUGUCCCAGGAGAACGUCCACAGCAAAAUCAAAGCUUUACAGAUGGCGCUUCGGCGGCAGAAGAUGCAUCUGGGGCCGCCGCCGCUCGGGCGACAAGAGGACGAGGACGCCCUUCCUCCUCACGAGAGCCCCGAGGUCUCGACGGCGGAUCUUGCAACCCUUGGAGGCCUCGGCAAGGUGCUCUCUCAGCCAAGAUCACGUCCACUCUCUCCCAUCGUCAAAGCUCCAGAUUGGAAAUGCGCGCCGUGCCCGCCGCUCACCCCGUCUGUCCCCGCCGUCACUUCGCCUCGCGAGGCCCCGUUGGGCUUCGGCGCUCCGGCCGAGUUCACCCCUUCCCUGGACACGUCGGCGGCACGACACCGCGUGUCCGUCAAGCCGCGCAACCGGAGGCCCGGCGCCAAGAGGAGGCGAGCCCAACCUGACACGAAGGCGGACCACAUCAACAACCAUCCUGAACCCGUGACAGACGAACACGAUCGGGAGGAUGUGAUGCCGGAAGACGAACGAGGCGGAAGCAACGCAUCCCGACUAUCCCUUCCAAAACACGCCCAGCCGGAAGCGUUCCCAUCGGAGGCCGCGCCGGACCACGCCUUACCUGGCAGACUCUCUCCUGUGUCCUCCCAGGAGCUUCAGAGACGUGCAGUCGUCACGUCGAGCGAAGGACCGCGUCCGUACUUCGAAGCCAAGCGGACGACGGACAGCUCGGGAGAUCCCGGGAUUCAAGUCAAGAGCCUCGAUGAGAGCGACAUCGUCUCAUCCCGUGCAUCAGCGGUGUCCAAGUACUCGCACGUUCGUCCGCAGGAUGAAGCCGAAGUAGACGGCGUAAGAGGACUAAAAAGACCCGGAUCCGGAUCCUUCCAUUUCUCCAUGACCUCUGUCAAGAGCCGCAUCGAAGACAGACCCCGAUCGGGCAGUUUUGUGGGACAGACGGGGUCCAGACACAAGGCGGUUGAGGAUAUAAGGUCGAGCCUGAGGCAAAGGGAAGAGCGUCAGGAUCCGCAGCCUGGAGAAAGAGCUUCCGUAGUGGGAAGACUCACACAAGGCUCGGGUCCUCCGUGGGAAAGGCGGGAUAGUGUAAAACAAGCGGAAUCGGCUAAAAUCGGAGACGACGUUCCAUCGGGGCAAGCGGAGAGCAGCCGGGAGGUGACGUGGGAGGCCGUUGUGGCGACAAAGGCGCAAGUCAGGGAUGAAGAAAGAAAGACAAUGUUUGGUUUUAAACUGCGCUCCACCUCCAACUCUGUGAGAUUUUGGUCGGACGGAUCUUCCGGGCGUCAGUCGAGUGAGGGACUGAAAAGACACAAAAGUAGAGAUCAUGACAGCUUGUCCAAAAAUGCCAGCACAGGAAACUUCACUCUGACAGAUCCAGCCCCUCCGCGCAAGCCUGCGCCGACCUGCGAUGCUCCCGCCUUACCGACGGAAGUCCAAAUAACCUCCUCGAACCAGUCGAGCCCGCGAACGGCUUCAUCUGAGGUAUCCUGGGUAAGUCUGGCCAUGGAAAAGACCAGAAGCCUCCACCAGCUUUUUGCAAGAAGAUUUCCUAAGGACCUUACUAGUAGCCCUCCACAGUCACCAGCGCAGACGCCCAAUUUUGGUGAGACUUUAAAUGGGAAAUCUCAGACUGCGCGACUACAAGAAUGUGAAAAAGCAGUACACGAUAGCAGCAAAGAGGAAACGGAGCACAGCAAAUCGUCUCAAAAGACAACCGGCGACACCUGGGAAGAACCGGAAGCGCAACAAUCACACAUAAGAACAAGUCAGCCGGCCGUGCAAAUAAAUGUCUGGGCGACGCAAUCUCCAUCACGCGCUGCUCCGCUGUCGGAGAGUCCGUCUCACUUUGGAGCGGAGACCACUGUCAUCACGCAAUCUGUGGCGCAGUCUUACCAGACCUCGGGCCAGCAUCCGACGCCUUGGGGCCACCCGGGUCUCCAACCCGCAACGCACCGGCCCGAAUCGACGACACCUCCAGUGGACGACGAGAGAAGGACCGUGCAGGAAAAGGAGAGCCCCUCGCCGCUGGGCAAGCGCAGCGUUCGGCCCGGCUCAGUCAGCGAGAAGGCUGCGUUCUUGGAGAGACAGGCGGAGCGGUGUACGACGAAGGGGGUGGAGUCGAGGAAAGCGCAACUGGAAAGCAAGCCAUCGAGUGACAGAAGAGACCCAAAACCCGGAGGAAGAGAAGGGUUCCGACUCGCGGAGUCCCCGAGCCCCGCCAGAGUUGCCGACAGACCUCGCGAGGAGAAUUGGAUGCGGAAAAACCCGGGGUCCUCUCAGUCGCCUUCCUCGUCACCCGUCCUGAGGUCCACGCCUGACAGCUCUCAGCCUUCCUGGAUGGAGCUGGCCAAGAGGAAGUCCAUGGCGUGGAGUGACAAGACCAUGGACUGAGGACCCAAACAACAAAAAUGUUUUUGCCCCACACAAUUUAAAAUACAUUGUCUUUGUCCAAAUUCCCUAAGGAUCAAGAAUCAUAGCACAUCCUUUCAGUUUUUUCCCAUCCUGAAUUUGAAAAUUAGCUGGAUUUCAGGGGGAGGUCUCGUCUCAUGCAAAUGAGCCACUGCUCACCCCGACUCCUCUAAGGUGAGAGUGGUUUUCGUUGCAAUGACGACUGGGGGCAAAGCUCGAGGUGGCUACUUUGCCAACUGCAAACAAAGCAUGGAUUGUAUUUUCACUCGUGGUGGCAGCGCUUCUUCCCUAAGUCGCCGAAUUACACUUUAGCGUGCGGAUGCGUGCAUGUGGCGCAUGCAGCGGGCACAUCUGUGUUGUCCGUCCAUGUUCGUCCAAGCCAGCUGGUCAUGUUAUGGGAGGAGAAACUCAGUGUGAUGUCGAUUUUCCAAAUUUUGAUGUCACAAUCUGGCAAAAUUCAGCACAGCUGAAACAAAAAGCUCAAAAUCAUCCAUCCAUCCAUCCAUUUUCUAUACUGCUUAUCCUCACAAAAUCAAAAUUUAAAAUCCCACAAAUGAUAUAAUCUAUAAAAAUAAAUCGCUGCAUUCCCUAAAUGUAGUGUGGAAACUGAAAUCAGAAAGCAGUUCCUCACCCUUGCUUUGGGCGGACUACGGGGUUGCACCAGCGCACUUCAUUUGUAAUUCUAUCCAAAGGUUUGUGUAUUGAACUGUAAUAUACUGUAAAGUUUUCACCAUGACAACUUCAAAAUGAAUAAUGUUUCUGGAUGCGAUUUUACUGCUACUUAUUGGGUGGAUGACUAAUAAAAAGAUUUCCUAAUAUUAA